AUGUUCGACGGAAGUCCUGAGGUGCAGGAGACGCUGGAUAAAGCCAAAGGAGCCAUCAAGCAUAUGUUGAUUGGUGCUUCUAUGGCCGGAACUAUGGGAGCUUCAUUAGGUGCGGUCCUGGCGGUGCUGCGUAAUGAAAGUGUAAAGUUUUACGCCGCAUCGAUGGGCUCCAACUUUUUUAUGUUGUCCUCAACGUAUAUCGCUUUUGAAGAGGUGAUUGCAGACAAGAGGAAUGACAAGAAAGAUUGGAUCACUGGUGCUGCCGCUGGGGCUGUCACUGGUGGAUUCUACGCCGGUUUAGUUGGAGGGCAUUUUCGAGGCCUUCAAGGUGCUGCUGCUGGAGCAGCAGCAGGUGCACUGGUAAUAUUUGGUCGUGAGGAGUUUCACAAUUGGCGCCUGUCCAAGGGAGUGCAGCGCUAUGAGGCCAAACACGGCGCGGCCCCUGCAGUUUACCAUCCGAUAACUGCUGCGCUCGUGGAAAGUCAAGGCCCGCCGCGCGAACUAGUAUUUCCGUCCCUGUUGCCCCAGAGUAUAAAGAUUUCGAAAAAAGAAAUUGAGCACCGCAUCGGAAUUCGGAUGAGUGAGCUUCGGAAGGAGAUGCUAGACAAUAAAGAAGAUGUGGUCCUUGAUAAAGAGAAUUAA